UUAUAUGUCAGCGACUGAACAUGCUCGGCGCGAUAAUCAUUGACCAUGCUUCGUAAGACGUCAAAGUCCUCAUGGUGCAUGCAAAACUUGAUGUGUCGAAACGCGUGUCGAUCUGCCGCUGCUUUCAGGACGCGGCAUGAUGCACGAAUCGAGGACAGAGUAUCGUGAAAAUCCAAGUUACCGCAUAUGUUGUCCAUGAUCUCUGACGGGAGCCCGAUAAUAAGUGGCAUUGUUGCUGUGCUAAAAUAAGAGCUGUGGCCAGGGAAAAGAGUGCCAAACAAACACCGAAAAUUGGUUGCCUGGGUUGAGCUCCGUUUGGCUUCAACCCCGCACGCCGCUGCCUGGUUGGCCUACCUGACACAAAUUGGAAAGCACUACACACCACCAUGCAAAUGUUUGCAACUGAUCACGGCAGCUCUGACGGCGACUCAGUUUCCCAAGUGGGUGCCAGGGCAGCCAAAGCAAAGAGACGACACCAAACCAAAGAUAGCCAACCUUGGCCACACUUUCGACUCCCUCCAUCAUUUGUCCGUCCAGAAUUCCACGAGUCCGAGAAUUCGGACUCUGAAGACGACUUGCCGAAACGCCAUCGGAUAGCACAUCGAGAGCCUCCAGCCGAAACCAAAGAGAACCACGACACAACGCCGUCAAGCUCGAUACUACGCCAUCAGCUGGAAGCGCAAAGUCAUCCCCUCGCCAAACCACAUUCCUGCCCGCACUGCGUUGCAAUAGCCGUUGAUUUGCGCAGGCAACUAGCCCGCGUCACGUUCCGUGGGGAUGCUUGGGCCCGAGAAGGGUGGACGACUGCCAAUAGAAAGUUUCCCUUGACUGUCGACCAAGCAAGAGCCGCCAGCCACAAAGGAUGCGCGUUCUACAGAUACCUCCUCGCUGAUGACGACCCCGCUUAUGCGAUACGAAACGAUGUAUGGGGUUCCUCCCCUGGCAGGAUUCCUUUCGAGAUAGUGAUGCAAAAUGGCCGAUGCAGACUCUACCCUGGACAACGGAAAGGAGAGUUUCGAGAGUUCUCCCUGUACACCAUCCCAGGACAAAAGGCUUUGCACCCUUUUCUUGGGUAUCAACUCCCACCGAACCUUGUUCCCAACUCCCAACUCAGCUUCACCCGUGUUCGAGGCUGGCUAAACGAAUGCCUCCGGAACCACAAACUAUGCAACGCAUUCCAGCGAGCCUACAUGCCCAAAAGGCUCAUCGAAGUGACCACUCCCGCAGCUUCGGGGAGUCUUUGCGCUCGAUUGGUCACAAACCCCACGCCAGGUCGUUAUGCCGCGUUGAGCUACUGCUGGGGCGGUGACCAAAAGUCCAAGACCAUCAGAAGUGUUUUGGGUACCUACGAGAAAGAAAUCCUAAUGGGUAUCCUACCCCAAACGCUUCAGGAUGCGUUGACAGUAACACACGGUAUCGGCCUCCGCUACCUCUGGGUAGACGCCAUGACAAUCGUUCAAGAUGACGAUGAGGACAGAGACGAGCAGAUAUCCCAGAUGCACCGCAUCUACCUCGGCGCCUCCUUCACCAUCGUCGCAGCAAAGGCAGUGACCAGCCUUGACGGUUUUCUCGCCCCAAGAGCAAAGUACCAGCCCUCCAUCAUCUCCGCCCGGCUGGAUGACAACGUCUUUGGGGAGAUCCUUGCCUUUCCAAAGCACGAUAUCCUCAGUGACUAUAACCUCUUUACUCGCGGUUGGACAUUUCAGGAGACGCAGCUCUCGACAAGGAUACUGGCGUAUGGCUUGCAUGAAUUGGUGUACUCGUGUUUAGAGGCCAGGCAUCGGGAUGGUGGAUACGAGCAUGUGUUCGAUCCGCCACCGGCUUCAAUCUACCUGCGCGACACGAGCGACGAUCCUGCAGCACAAAUGGUGGAGAAUCUCGACCCGGGAAAUCAAAAGCUGGGACGGGAUGAACACCCGUUUGGUUGGGAGACAAUCGUCUUCAAGUAUAGCCAGCGGUUUCUCACUGAUGGGUUGGAUAAGCUCCCUGCUGUCUCGGCUAUUGCGGAGGAGUACUCCCUCACCAAGCCAGUCACGGAAUAUUAUGCCGGGCUAUGGAAGGAAGACUUUCUGCAUCAGUGUCUUUGGCAAGUAAGCUUCAAUACCGCGGUGAGGCCGAAGGGGGUGUAUAGAGCUCCGUCUUGGUCGUGGGCUUCGGUUGAUGGCGCGGUGCAUGGAUUUACCAAGGAGCGCCUCAAUCUGAAGUUUUCUUGUUCGCUGCUUCAUGUUGAGACGACGCUGGUGUCGACGAGGAAUCGUUUUGGGAGGGUGGGUAAUGGUUUUAUGCGGCUUCGUGGCAGGAUGCGCAAGGUUUUGUGGUCGAGCAGUGGGAUUCGGGCCGGGCAUGCUGGACGCGCAGCGGAGGAUGCUGCUAGCAGAUGGCCGGAUGAACCGUACGGGUUUGAUGACCGCCUGUCGUUGACGGUGGAUUUUAUUGGUGAUUGGCCGAAGGAUUCGGAGGUGGAAUUUUGGUGUCUUGAAAUUUGCACCUUCUUCCGGGAUGGGUUUGAUCGUGGUCAGGGGCUGUUGCUUGACAAGGUUGAUGGGGGAGAGCAUCCCGAUCUCUCGGACGAAAUCUUUCGCCGUGUGGGCCAGGCAUACUUUGGCGCGGAUGUGGCCGAGCCGUACUGGUUUGAUGAUGGUGUUUCGGAGUGGAAGGAGAUUGUCGUUGUGUGAGCCUUUUCAAAACUAUGCCACGUCCAGAGUUUAGAAAGACAAUUAUUGGUCAAGUACCUUCAUCAAAUCCAAGCAUC